AUCUCAGCCCAGAAAUUUCCGCUUUCUGAACAGGGAGACGGAAGACCACGAGCCUACGACCAAUGUAGACUGUAGAGCAGAAAUCCCCGCGCAUCCACAAGCCCUAGCCGCCCACUUUUCCCGCCAAAACAAAGAGCCUUGCCUCCUCCGGCGAUCGCCGGAGCGAACCCCGCACAGGAUGCCGAGGAAAGCAAAGCCCACCGUCCAACCCACCACCUCAAUCACCACCGGCACCCAGUACUGGCUCCUCAAGACUGAGCCGGGCGAGUGGUCGUGGUCCGACCAGGCGCGCGCCCCGGGCGGCGCCGCGCCGUGGGACGGCGUCCGCAACCGCCAGGCCAUGAACAGCCUCCGCGCCAUGCGCACCGGCGACCGAUGCCUGUUCUACCACUCCGGCGCCGGCGCUGCCUCGCGCCGCGUGGUCGGCGUCGUGGAUGUCGCUCGGCCCUGGUACGAAGGCGAGGGCGAAGGGGAGGCAGCCGGCGGCGCCGUGGACAUGCGGGCGGUCGGGGAGUUCCGGCUCCCGGUCACGCUGGGGGCGAUCAAGAAGGCGGCAGGCGAGGUGGAGGGGAUGAAGGACUUCGCGCUGCUCCGGCAGCCGCGGCUGUCGGUGAUGCCCGUGCCGGCGAAGGUCUGGGACUGGAUUUGCGAGAUGGGAGGGGGCUUUGUGCAAGAUGGCGACGUUGAAGAAGAAGAGGGUUGAUGCUGUAAACGCAAGGGUGGCAUGCGCAACUGGAAGCUGGCAUUUUGUGGAUUGCUUUUGGUCUGCAAGGGAUUCAUAUCAGAGGUAUUCAGUUCGUCUUUCUUCGGUGUGUGCCAUCUCGGCACCGAAGUCUGACAAACAAGGUGGGUAGCUACUAGGUAAUCUAUGUAGGUUCAGUGGUUGAUGCCGCUAGAGUAGCUUGGAUCUUGGGGCACUGAGAUCCAUCAAGCACACGAACUGUUGUGCGUGUGCUUCUUUUUCUUAGUGUCUUCCUACUCUGGGUAAUCUACUUGCUGCCCUGUGUGGCUGCUGUAUGGGCAAUUGGAUCAUGAUACCUAGUUCAUAUUA